GACAAUGGUUCGAGCAUGGGUGUCCGUGUUGGCUUGGGCCAUCGUAUCAGAUCGGCUCCAAACCGUGCUGGCAAAUGAUUGCUCGGAUGAGUUCGAUGCCGGCUAUUGCUUCUAUGACACUCCAACAGGCAAUGAUGGUCCGGAGAACUGUUAUCAGUGCCAGUCCUCCGCCAUUCCGGCUACAAGCUCAGGUGGCCUUAGCACAGGGCAGCUCGUUUGCCAAGGUCAACCCCAGAGCGACACUUCGGGAUCCGGGAACACCUGCUUUGGUCCGGGAGACUACACCUUCAAUGAUCCUGGG